AGCACACGCUGGACUCGUGGCGACGCCAUUGACGUCCCUAGCCGUACCCAAAGGUCUUUUUUCUUCUCUUUUUUUUUUAAAACUCUUCUGCGGUACAGGGAGGAAGAGAUCGACUCACAACUGCGCCUCCUGCUGCGUCGCUGUGGUGCGGCGGUGAGGACAUCAAUUCCGCACACAAGUAGCUACCUGCCCGCAACGUAGGUGUACGGUUUUGGUUUCGUUGUUGCGCCUUUCGCGGCACCCGUAAAUAUAUUUAUGUUAACGUACGCCAAACACGCCUCUUUUUUCCACCUGCUCCGUGGCUGCGACAUAAUAAUACUUCUUCCGUAACUCUACUCAGUGUAUCUUUUUUUUUGUCUUUCCCUUUCUUUGUGCCACAUCUUACUGCCCACGAAACGCCUGCUCUUCUAAUCAACCUUUUCUUUUUUAGGGGACUUUCGCUGUUCAAGAUUUUUCCCAAUCAGCCUUUUUUGUUUCUCUUCUUCCUCCUUCUUUUAUCGAGGUAGCGCUCCUUCUGAUUUCAGGUCUCGAUCACGUGCUUCUCGUUUCGCUGCGGCGCAUUUAUCGUAUUUCUCACGGAAUCUCUUCUUUCUCUCUCUUUGGUUUGUCUCCUUCAGCCGUGCAAAUCAACAUCACCAGCGCCAACUGUGAAUUGUUGGCGCUUUCCACGCUGGACGCCGCCUGCUUUCUCUCUUUUCAAUUCUACUGCUUCCUCUUCAGCGACCAAUUUUUUUCUUCUGGAUAGGCGAAGCAUAGACAAGCUAUCCCUUCUUUUUCGGGUUUCAAAAGAUGGAGAAUCGGCGUCGUGGCAGUGACGUGCUGGAUGGGCCCUCUGCGGCGGCUCCGACCGGGUCUGCACGCCAAAGCCGCACCUCGCGCGACCCGCGAGACAGCCAAGCUAGCACCGGCACCAACGCCUCUGCCUCCAGUGCUGACAACCACACUCGCACGCAGUCGAUUGCCUUUACCACCUCCGACCACGGUGUCGUCAGCGUAAACUUGACCGACCUGAGCAACGCCCUCGGAGUGCGCCGCGGUGAUGUGGUAUCGCAGCGGCUGAUGUUUCAGGCUCGUUCGGCGCCGUCUUACCACAUUGAGCGAUCCUUGUUGACCAGCGCGCUUGGGUCUCCCAGCGUGCUCUGUGCCGAUGCAGCGACGACCGCAACUAUCUCCCCCUCAACAAACGCACCUUCUGCAUCGAAUGUAUCGCGCGUGAACGAUGCCUCGGCUGCCAAUACGGACUCAAGUGCUAACGAUGGUGCGGCCACGGUCCCCUCGCCGCCUGUCGCUCGUGCGGCGCACUAUCAACGCCGGCUCAGCACCCUGCGCGGGACACAGUGGCUAGACAACGAAGUCAAUGCGCAGCCAGCAGCGUCAGCGCAAUCGCCAGGCCCGUUACCCGCGUCGUCCGCAGCGUCUGCAGGGCUCUCCCCACACGCCCGACCACGCCGGGGUACGCCGCCUCCACCUGGGGGUGCCAACGCGCUGCGCCGCGCACUGGCAGGCGACGGGUCGCCGUUCGCUGUCGUGGCAGGCAGCGUGCCUUCUCUUCUUCGUUACUCUGGUGGUAGUCUACUCUCCUGCGCCGGCUCGGUUCGUCCGGCGCUGUUUGCCGCAGCCAGCCGCCGUCCCAGCGGUAGGAGUAGCGGCGGCCGUGACGGCUGGCGGGAGGAAGAUGUGGGGGACGGCGAGUCCCCUCUCGACGACGGUAACGAUAACGAGAGGACAAGGCUUUUAUCACCUUCGCCUCGCCGUGAUGGGGUCGCGCGAUCCUCUGACGUUCAGGAGAGAGACCGGCUUUCCGUACCACGUCGGCGGAGCUCCUCCUCGGCUGCUGCCUCUCGAUCUAGCGGCCCGCCCACACCCACGCCUCCCACGCUUCAGAUCGACGACAUAGCGGCGGAUUCUGCGGGGCCGGCUUCCGCCACGUCGCCCUCCCGGAGCGUUCAUUUUUCUGAAAACGUGAUCGAGUCCAUCUCCAUCGCGCGCAGCGAGGAUGAGUACAUGCGUCUUCUCGUUGUGUACAGCCGCCCCUGGUACGCCUACGUGUUUCUGACGGUGUUUGGUUGUUUAUUCAGUCUUGCCGUCUUGAGCAACCUUUACCUCGAGCGGGGGCUGCCGCUUGUGCGCGAUCGUGCCAUAUCUGUUCCUUUUAUGUUUUUCCUCAUCUCCGGAUUCGGCACCGUCGGGAUGCUGCUGCACCUCGUCGCCGUGUGGCGGCCGGACGGCGAGGAGGAGCAGGGCUUCUUCGCAGACCCGGAUCAGUGGAGUCAGCUGCCUCCGCUGUGGACGUUGGGAGUUUUGUUUAUUGGCGGGCUGACCUCCUCCCUCGUCUUCGGUUACGCGAUGGUCUCAACAGUGGCCGUCGUCAUGGUGAUCGGGCUCGUGGGGCACUUCAUUGCGGAGUGUUUGCACCGUGGCGAUGAUGAGGGCGGGGAUUGCAUUACUUCCUGGGACGCCGUCGGUGGCGUAGUGGCCGGCCUGGGUGCCCUGCUUGCCGCCGCGAGUGGAGCAAUGGAACAGCUUUUGGACGACGGCAGUGACAAGAGUAGUGAAGCUCGCAGCUCUCUUCAAGUUGGCCUGUUGGUGCUCAUGGGCUGGGGUGUGAGUGUGCUGGUGUCCGGAAUUUGCUGGACCCUCUUCACGCGUCGACUGCGCGAGAUCAGCCAGCGCGUGAGCCAGCAGUUUCUCCUGACGAGCUCGCUGGCUGUGUGGACAGCCGCCCUAGGCAUUGCCGCCUACGUGAUCAACGUUUUGCUGAGCUCCGACGCAGCGAUGCAGACUGUUGAUGUGAUGAGCAGGCGACGUACCGGAGCCUCGUCGAGUGCAUUCCAGACCCAUUUGCCUGCGGAGCAGCGGCAGAACAUGGCAGAGGUUCUCGUUCCAUGUUACUCUCUGUUUCCCGACCUCGCCAUUCUGUUGAGUGGCGGACUCUGCUUCCUGAUGUGCUGGUACGCGUAUCACAUGGUGUCGUUCUACGUGGAUCACAUCGCUGGUGCGGCCUGCAUGAUCAUCGGUGCUUCUCUUUCCACUGUUCCCCUCAUCGUUUUGUUGGCUCUCCACACCUGGCCGGCGUCCAAACCUGAACUGUGGGCCGCCAUGCUGGUAUUGUCGCUGACAGGGACGCUUGCUCUUGUGCUAGGUGCCGGCAUGGUGGUGUACGGCGGAGUGAGAUAUCGCCGCGAAGUCGAGAUUCGCAUUGUGGUGGACUAA